UGUAUGCAUGAUAUGUAUAAUAAUUUUAAUGUACAGUAUUUGAAUUUCAUUUUGAGUGGGCAGUUCUGUCACGUGACAGGUACGUUUCCUUAGCAACUCAAAAACUCACCCAAUGUAUGACUGUUGACGGUGUUUGUGACACCUCACACGGAUUAUGUUAUGGAGAUGUAUGUAUCCCAUAUCCAGAGUCUCAGGCUUUCGGCUGUACUGGAGGAAUGUUCAGACCAGCUGGACAUUCUAGAACACGCUCUGACCAUCCAGAUUCACAAGGAGUGCAGCACGGAAAAGUCACAGGCGAGAGUAAAAAAGGUGAAACGAGAUUGUCACUAUAUCUCACAGCAGGUGUCCAAGUUACAGGCGGAGCUAGAAGACAAACACAGCUUCACCUGUCUGCUUCAGGUAGUGGAUGGACAGGACCAGGAGAAGAAUGCUGAGAGCAACAAAAGAGAGGCAAAGAGGGAGAUGGAAAGGAGAAGACGUACACUUCCAAAGCAACAGGGGACGCUCCAACAGAAAGCCGAUCAACUGAAGGAACUGCAAACAUUGCAUGACGAUCUCAAUGAUCGGCUGCACAAACUGAUUGAAUCGAACGCCGCAAGAAAGGAUCUUGAGGAUAGAAGCACUGAGCAGAUGCUUCAGAAAACCCAAAAUGAGAUGAGUGAGGCAGAGAAGCGACUUGAACACAAAGUUGAGUUGCUGAAAGACCAUUUGUUACUGCAGGAAAGAGUUCAUGAGGAAUCAAAGAUUUUUCUGAAAAAACAAAAUGCGGAGUUACAAGAGCAGCUGCUACAGUGGCAACAGUGCACUGAGCAGAACAUGCAAGAGAAGGAGCAGCAUCUCUCCCGCACUCGCUACAGGAGAGCAACAAAUUUGGAAAAGUUGACGGCAAUGCAGAAGAAGUACAGCGAAAUGGAGGAGGUGGUGAAGGAGGAAAGGGAGGAGGAGGAGAGACUGCGCCAGCUGGAGGUUAGGAAUAAAGCUGCUCUCAAGAUGCAGUCUUGGUGGAGGGGCUGCAUGGUCCGCAAAGGCUUCGGCAUUUAUCGGAAAGCAGAAGAAAAGAAAAGCAAGAAGAAAAAGGAAGGAAAGAAGAAGAAGAAGAAAUGAGUUGUAUUCCUAUGUAUUCCCUCUUAUGUCCUUCUUCACAUGAAGACAACAAACAGUCCAUUCACAUUUGCGGUUGUUGAACUUUGAACAAAAGUGGGGAAACGUGCUGUAUUUGAAUGUGCGUGUUCUAUCAUGAAAUGCAGUGUAAAUUUUAAAUAAACGGCCUUUUGACAUUUUUAUCUAGA